AUGCCCCCUCAACCUCCCGCACCUCCCGUCUUCUACUCUUUCCCGUCCAACGACGUCUUAGUCGACUCUUUAGCCAACUUUGUCGUCAAAGCUCAGCGCGAUGCAGUAGAGAAGAGAGGCAAAUUCACCAUUGCCCUGUCAAGAGGAACACUUGCUGCAAACUUGAGGGGACUGGUAGGACAAAAGGACGUACAAUGGGACAAAUGGGAGGUCUUCUUCUGCGAUGAAGCCGCCGUACCCCUCGACUCCGACGACUCAAAUUACCACUCCAACUACCUCUCUUUCCUCUCCACCGUCCCUAUUCCCCCAUCCCAGAUCCACACGAUAGAUCCUUCGCUCCUUGACGAUAUUGAGGAGCUGGCGGACCAAUACGAGAAGCAAUUGAUCCAGCACUUUGCUGCGUCAAAUGCGGCACGAUAUCCCGUGUUCGACCUCAUGUUGCUGGGAAUGGGACCAGAUGGGGAGACGGCGAGUUUGUUCCCGGGUCAUGAGAUUCUCAGUGAAAGGGAUGCUCUGCCCGUCUUCACACAUUGCUACCGAGCAGUGUUUGUCGUAUCCGGUGCCGAGAAGCAGGAGAUGCUCCACUCUAUUCUCGAUACACCGGAAACAGGACUCCCUUGCUCUCGCGUCAGACCAGCCGCCCCAGGGCUCGUCUUCUUCUUUGCCGACGCCGAAGCUGCCUCUCAAACGACCUACCCAUCAACCAAAUUCCGGUGGAUCGAUAAUCAGAAAGAGGCCGAGGAGGCGUUCGCUGCAGCCCAGGCCAAGGCGGCAAGACGUGCCGCUCAGGAAGCAAGCGAUGACUAG